AUGGCCGCCGAGAACUCCGUCACCGACCCUACCACCGAGCUCGAGAACAAGGGCAAGGGCAAGGCCGUCGCCAGCGAGGAGCCCGUCGAGCAGAGCGAGGCCAUGGACGAGGAUGAUGACUCUAGCGAAGAGGAGGAGGCUAACGAGACCGCUGAGCCUGUUGACGAGGACGAUGGUAUGGACGAGAUCGACCUGAACAACAUCGUUGAGGGUGGUCGCCGCACCCGCGGCCGUGUCAUCGACUUCGCCAAGGCCGCCGAGGAGAACCCUGCCGACGACGAGGACGACGAGGAGGACGAUGACUUCCAGGCGCCUGCCGACGACUCCAAGAUGGAGGAGGACUAA